AGACAGGACAUAAUUUACCUUUCAUUGCUCAUUACUUGUUUCUUACAGUUUUUGUAUUCAUUCCAAGAGGUCCUCGGGUGUAGGGGUCCUGUCUGAUUUUUUAAACCCCAUGGCAGUAGUUUUGAGCUCCUGUCCCUCUUUGGUAUGUCCAGUUGACCCCGUGCCUGUGUUUGUGUCUGCAGGACUGGAAUGUCACAUGGUACACCAGCAAUCCCGAUUUCACCAAGUGCUUUCAGAACACUGUCCUCGUGUGGGUGCCUUGUUUUUAUCUCUGGGCCUGUUUCCCCUUCUACUUCCUCUAUCUCUCGCGACAUGACCGGGGCUACAUUCAGAUGACACAUCUCAACAAAGCCAAAACUGCCUUGGGAUUUUUGCUGUGGAUCAUCUGCUGGGCAGAACUCUUCUACUCUUUCUGGGAAAGAAGUCAGGGUGUGUUCCUGGCCCCAAUAUUUCUGGUCAGCCCAACCCUCUUGGGCAUCACCAUGCUGCUUGCUACCUUUUUAAUUCAGCUUGAGAGAAGGAAAGGAGUUCAAUCCUCAGGGAUCAUGCUCACUUUCUGGCUUUUAGCCCUCCUGUGUGCCCUUGCCAUCCUGAGAUCCAAAAUCAUGACUGCCUUAAAAGAGGACACCCACAUCGACCUGUUCCGUGAUGUCACAUUCUACGUUUACUUUUCUCUCGUGCUGCUCCAGCUGGUGUUGUCCUGUUUCUCAGACCGCUCGCCCCUCUUCUCUGAAACCAUCAAUGACCCC